ACCAAAGGGCUCAAAUCUCCGCCACCCGAGACUCUUGCGCAAGCAGGAUUGUUUUUCACAUCCUUCGGUAUAAAUCGAGGCAUAAUUGAGCACUAAUCAUAGUUCACAGGACAGUCAUCAACCAGCGCCAUGAUUCAGAAGAUCGCAAUACUUUCAGCUUUAAUCAUCUCAGCAAGCUGCAUGUACAUCCACCAGUCUCCCUUACCUCUUACCAUCGGUAUCCAACCAUACCCAUCCUACGACCAUCCAUCUUACGACUUCUCUUACGCCGUCAACGAUAGACACACAGGAGAUGUGAAAAGUCAACAUGAAAGCAGGAGAGCUGACACUGUUGUCGGACAGUAUUCCCUUAUCCAACCUGAUGGGCUGAGAAGGACAGUUGACUACAGAGCUGAUGAUAAUACCGGGUUUAAUGCUGAUGUUAGGACUGAUGUCGCCCAUAUUGUAAAUAUAGCUACAGAGCUGCCACCAGCGAUUUCGAGGAGCUCCUUGGUGAUGCAUGUUCCUAAUCGCGGUUCUUCGUGGAAAUAA